AUGUGUGUCAUGGAGGCCCGGGCUGGGGAGCGCGAGCAGCUGCGAGUGGCGGCCUCCGCACUGGCGUCGGCGGAGGAGAUCUUUGGUGGGGCGGUGUCGGACCACCUGCCGCUGGAGUUUCUGAUCGCGCGCCCGUCUCCGCGCCUGGAGGUGAGGGUGCUCAGUUGGAACGUGAUGGCCCGAGGCAUGUGCCGAAGGCCGACGGGGGCGAGGCCGAGCAAGCGGGCGUGCCAGGACUCUGCGUCGGAGCUCCUCACGAACAACGGAUUGGACGCGGACGAGACCAUCGCCCAGUACGAGCGGCGGCUCAUGGAGGAUGUGGCGCCGCUUGUAGCGCGGUGGGCGGCUGGUGCCACCCGCACGGGCGCGGGUGGGGCUCCCAUGCCAUGGGUGGCUUGCUUGCAGGAGGCUCCCGCGCACCCGGGCAUCUUCGCCUCGUUCCUGCAGGCCCUGUCGAGCAGCGGCGGGCCCUCGGCGGACCGGCUGGGCCACGCGAGCCUCUGCGUCUCGGCCGCUGCCCGCGUCGUGUCGCUCUGGGACAGAGAUCAGUGGGACCUGCGCCUCCAGGCCCACGGGGCAGAGGGUCGUGCGCUGUGCACCGUGCUGUCGGCGUUGGGCCUGGCCGGCGGCGGUGCGCUCCUGAGGGUGACGAGCUGCCACCUGCCGCUCGACCUCGGCGACCCUUCUGGCGACGAGGCCGUUGCGGGCGCCCCCGGAGCCGGUCCCCGCGCGCCCGCUGCGGCGGCGGCAUGCGGGGCCCCAGCGGAGCCGGCCGGGGCACGGCCCGCCCAAGCACUGCUGCAGGCGGCGCCGGCUGGUCAGCUGGCGCUGGUCGUCGGGGAUCUGAACUUCGACGUGCGCGAGGCGCGCCCGCUCGGCGGCGUGGCAGUGGCCUGUGUGCCUGGCUCCGCGCUGUACCGCGGGAGGAGGACGACCAGCGACGGGGCCUUGCUCGCCGAGGGCCGCGCGGUGCGCGAGACACUGGCGGCUCUCGAGGAGGUGCCCGAUGCGGCCAGCGAGCUGCCGCUGGGCAGGUGCAGCCGCGAGGAGUUCGUGCGCCAGAACGUCCACUUCAACCUGCAGGCCCGCGUGCUCCAGAUGCCGCAGCUCGCGGACAGCGACCUCGCAGACCUCGGCGCGCACCACUUCUCGGAUCAGCCCGAGAGGCUCGCCCAGCUGGCCUCGAGGCGCCGAGCUCCUGGCGACCCGGGGGGCCCCCGCUCGCCCCGGCCCAGCAUGCCACCCGCGGGCAGGCUCCCGAGCGGCGGGGGGGGCGAGCUCGCCCGCGAGCGCGUGCGCACCAGGCCGCAGGGCCGAGCUCGGGCGCUGCCCGACGAGGAGCUCCGGCUGCCGGGGCAGCCGCCCUUCGGGAGCCCGGCUGCAGAGCUGCACCGGCUGGGGGGCGGGCCUGCGCCUGCCGCGGAGGGCAACGAGGCAGCGGCCAGGCGGCUGAUGGGCCUCGCUCCGCCCCCCGGCGCGGAGCCGCCGGGCGCCGGCGCCGCCUCUGGGGGGCAGUGCCUCUUCAGGGAAGCUGGCGGGCUGCUCCCGCGCGGAGUACGUGAGGAGGCACGUCGACUACAGGCUGCAAGGGCAGGUGGCCGGGCUGGACGACGCCGACCUCUUCGAGCUCGGCCAGGAGCGGUUCUCGGAGCAGGCGGCCCGCAUGCGCUGGCUGCAGGGGCGCCGCCAGCGGCUCCGCUGCGGGGGUGGCGCGCAGGGGCCUCCGGGGGCCACGGCCGCCCGCGGCGACGGUAUGCCCGCGGGCUGGGAGGGCGGCGCCCCAGCCGCGGCCGAGGUGGACUGGUCUGCCGAGGCUGCGGUCGGCGCCGGCGCCGAGGGCGAGCUGGCGGGGGGGGCGGCAGAACCGCCGCGUGGCAGGGCUGUCCAGCAUGCUGGAGGCCCUGGCGCUGGGGGAGCGCCUGGGCGCGGCGGAGGAUUGGGUGGGGCUAG